AGGCGCUCGACUCCAAGGAGCGGCUGGCCAUCCACGUGGCGAUGCAGCACGGAAACUUUCAGACCGCAAAGUUCCUCACCCAGCACUGGAACAGGCAGGAGCACCUCGCGGCGCAGCUCUAUUCCCGCAGGAGGCGUGACCACGUCGAGCACCUGGCCUCCCGCGUGCUGGGCGAGCUCUCCGGCAGGUCGGCGUCUGCGCCGGAGGCCGCGGAGAAGGACUUCCUGCAGAUGGUCGACUCCCUCUUCGUGGAGCUCGGCUACUUCGGCGCGAGCGAGGUCGACGUGCGCAAGAGCACCUUGUGCGCUCUCCUGGCCGUGUUCUGGGUCGCCGCCGACCACUACGGGCUCUUCGCCCGCGGGCAGCCCGAGGAAGUGCGGCUGACGCCGCCGACGUGGGAGAAACUGCAGGAGUGGGCCAAGAAGACUGUGCGCCUCACUGGUAGCACGUCGAUGCUCAGCACCACCCUGGUCUUCGUCGCCAUCAUGAACCUCUCGAAGAUCAAGGGCUUCCGCAAUGCCUUCGCCCCAGACGUGGACGAGCCCGAUGAGGCCCUGGCAGGUAUCCUCCUGAAGAGUCCGAUCUUGGUGCCUUCGUUCAUGAAGCUUGACGAGCACCAGCGUCAGGCAAUCCUGUCCGCUCUGAAGGCCAACUUCAACUUCGGCCAGUUCCUGCAGGCUGAGAACCUGCCAGGGAACCUGUCCGCGGCCAAGCAGAUCUUGAUGGAAUCGCGCAACACCAGCGGCUCUGUAAACACUCUCGGCCUGUUCCUGUUCCGCAAUUUCGCGGCCCUUAGCGGGCUGCGCGGCAGGGACAGCUUAGAGGGUUCCCUCUUCAUGACGGACAAGUUCUACUCCGACUACAAGGUAGGGCUCGACGUGCUGAAGCACUUGAUGAGCGAGAGCGCGCAGCAGGUCUACGAGCGGUUCCUCAAGGAGCGUGCGCGGGGGCAGGCGCUGAGUUUCUACCCGCACGAUCCUGAGUCUCGGGCGAGGGUGAGACUUGCCUGCCUCACCCGCGUGUUCGACGCGGAGGGUGGCAAGGAAGUGUCCGCGGCGCUGGGCAGCAUGGAGCCCAGCCGGCGGAGGUCGCUGAUCCACUUCCUGAACGCCGACGGCAUCGACCAGAAGCCGGGCUUCCUGCUCUACUUCGCGCCCCAGGUCCUAGCCAACGCGCGGAAGAACCCCAGCAUCGGCCUCACGCUCGGCCUGGAGAUGCUUCUCAGCGUCUACGAGGCGGCGGCCAGGGAGUACGCUGACAGCGAGCAGGUGGUGGUCACGAUCAUGCUGCCGGAGCUGGUGGAGCGUGCGCUGAGCUGCACCGACGCCGAGAGCUUCAGAUGCGCCAAGUUCGAGAUCGCGCGCACGUCAGAUAGCGUUGGUACGCUGCGCAUGAGCCCGUGGCAGGUCUGGAACGACCCGGAGACGCUGGAGCACCUGUCGUCGGACGCCCGCGCGCUGGUCGACGGCGUGCUGGGGUCCAAGCUGCGCGAGCCGGGCUUCCUGAAGAGACUGCCCCAGGCGUUCCCGGAGCUGCAGUUCUUCUCCGGUGAGGAGAGCGUGGCGCAGAGGGCCGCGCUCCGGGAGUCGCAGCUGGCCCUCCUGGCCGUGUACUGGACGGCCAGCGACCAGCUGGAGUCCUUCAACCGCGGCCAGGAGGCAUCCACGAAGCUAUCUGCCAAGUCGUGGGGCAAGAUUCUCCAGUUGGCGGGGCGGAGCAGUCUGGCGGAUCCCGAGACGGUGGACGCGCUGCUCGUGACCAUGGCGCUCCACAAUAUUGGCAGGAUCCCGAAGCUCGGGGCGCAGCUCGCGCCCGACGCGGACAGCCACAGGCACGUCGUCGUGCACAUUCUCGACAGCAGCCCCAAAGUGCUGCCCUCCUACUGGCGCCUGAGCCCGCGAUACCGCAAGGUGGUGCAGUGCCUCCUCAGCCUCCGGCUCUUCAACUUCCGGCAGUUCCUGGACGCGGAGAGCGUCCCGGCGAGCAUCGCCACCAUGAAGGCGAUGCUGAGUGGCGUCGGCGGCGCGGGAGACCUGGCCUCGGCGCAGAUCCUGCGCCUCUUCCGGUUCACGGUGCUCGUGGAGAUGUCCGCGGCGUCCGCGGAGCAGAGCUUGGAGGGGUCGCUGUGCAUGACGGAGAGACUGUGGUCGCAGCUCGAGGUUGGCCUGGACGCCCUGGAUACCCUGCACAGCGAGGGCGAGGUUGCCAUCUACAACCGUUCCCUGCAGCUAUACUGCGGGAUGGUGGAGCUCAAGUUCGACGCCACUAGCCAGGAGUCGCGCGCGGCCGCGCGCGUGGCGCGCCUCGCCGCCGCCAACGGCCCGGGGCUCGCCGCGAAGGUCCGCGAGGCGUUCGGCCAGCUGUCCAGCGCCGAGCGCUCCGCGCUCGCGAGGUACCUCACUGCGGACGGCAUUGCGGCCAAGCCUGGCUUCGUCCUCGCGGGUGGCCGGGCUCUCCUCUCCAACGCCCUCUCGAACUCGCAGGUCGGAAUCCUGCCUGCGCUCCGGAUAUUGCUGCAGGUGUACCGUGAAGCCGAGAGGCAUUUCCGGUGGAGCUCCUGUGCCGUCUCGACCAUAGAUUUGGUGAAGCUGGCCGUGUUCACUCAGGACUUCGCAGGCUCUGUCACGUUCCAGGAGAUAUCCUUCGACCUCGUGAAGAGCGGCAGCGCGGAGGUCGUCGUGGUGCCGAAGGUCUGGAUUCCUGUCCGCAACGCGUCGGUACUGAACACCCUCAGGAUGCAAGGUAGGGAAUUGGCGUCCGACGUGUUGGCCAACAAGAUCUCAGAGGCACAGUUCAAGGCGCGCUUGGAGCGGACAUUCCCCGAGCUGUCGUACUUCAACGCGGCGGACUCCGAGCAGUUGCCCAAGACGGUGUGCGCGAUGAUGUCUGUCUACUGGCUCGUCACCGGACAACACGAGGCUUUCAUCCGCGGCCAGGCAGACAACGAGCUGCUCUCCAGGCAUGCCUGGUCUUGGAUCCAGGGGUGGAUGAAGCAGGGCGUGCGCUUGAUGUCCGAGGAUGCCCUCGACGCCAUGCUCACGUUUGUCGCGAUCAGCGCUCUGGGCACCAUCCCAGAAUUCCGCCAGGAGUUUGCCCCGAAGGUGAGCGCCCACAUUCACGACGGUGUCCUCGCCCACGUGCUGGAGACGAAGCCAGAGGUGGUGCCCUCCUUUCAGCGGCUGCCCGCGAGGCACCGCGGCCUGAUCUCGGACUGCCUGCGCGUGAACUUCCGCUUCAGCGAGUUCCUGAUGGCCGAGAGCGUGCCCGCCAACCUGGCACACGUGAAGGCCUCGCUGGAGCCUCACGGCGAGGAGGGCAUCGCCUUCUUCUGCUUCCGCAUCUUCUCCCGGGCCUGCGGCAAGCUCGGCUCGCGCCACGCGUGGGGCGCCCAGUUCAUGACCGAGGGCCAGUUUCAGCGCUUCCGGCCCGGCUUCGAGGCGCUCCAGCAGCUGAGGGCGCUGGACGCGGGGGCGGCCUACAACAACUACCUCCUGCUCCUCCAGGGCUCCAAGGCACUCGCAUGCUUCACGUCGCCAGAGCACCAGGCGCUCACGCGGCUGUUGUGCCUUGAGUCUGCCAACGGCGAGGCGAGCGAGAGCGCUGUCAGCGAGGCGUUCAAGGAGCUCAGCCCCAACGAGAGGGAGAGGCUCACGAAGUUCCUCACCGCGGACGGCCUCGGCGCGAGGCCCGGGUACGUGCUGAGAGGCGCGCCCGAGCUCCUGAAGGCCGCCGGCUCGAACCCGCGGGUGGGCGCGACGGCGGUGUUGCGCACGCUGCUGCGCGUGCAGGACAAGUGCUCGGUCGGCUCGCGUGUGCGCAAGGUCCACCUGGACCUGCACGGGCUCGCGGCCGCAGCCCGCGACGCGCCAGGGUCGAGGGACUUCGCGCGGGUGCCCCUGGACUUGCAGUACGACGACCAGGGGGCAGCAGCGAAGGAGGAGGCAGCGAAGAGGGCGAGGAUCGCGGCAGAUGACAUGAACCUGGAGCAUGAAGAUGAGGAGAAGGGCGAAGAGCUCAUGAGGAAGAUCGCGAACGUUCCGGAGAACCCCACCAACAGGGACCUGUUCGAGCUGAUGGCCGCAUCGAUCAAGUCCGGCAAGGACUUCCAGAAGGAGACCACGGGCAAGUUGCGCAAGAUGCAGGUGGACGUGCAACAGGUUGGCAGCAAUGCCGACGCUGCGGUGACAGCCGCCAGGGAGGCCAAACGCAUCGCCCAGAAGGCCAAGGACGAGGUUGCCAAGAUGAAGAAGGAGGGAGCGACCUCGGCGGCGGCACCAUCAAUGGGAUCAUCUUCGCAGAGCCCGGAGCCUAUCUCCUUGGAGCUGAAGGGCUGGGUCGUGGACUGGAAGGUCCAGGACGACACGGCCCUGAUGUGGCACGAGCUCGAGCCGAUCUGGAACGACAUCUACAACAAGCUGGAGGCGACCCUGAAGGACGCCAUUGACGAGGCCAGCCUUACCGGUAAGGCUUCCGCGAAGGAUCUACUUCCCAAGCUGGAGAUACCCCUGAAGUUCAACGUCAACAAGAACAUGGCCUGGAAGGUUCAGAAGAGCAUCCAGGAGAUCAUCCACGCGAACGGGGUGAAGGCAGGAGGGAAGAAGCCCACCUGUACCAUGAAAGCGAGUACUUCAAUGCAGCCUUUGACACGUGUUGCUGCGAAGUGGUACGCUGCAUGCGAGGCCAAUAACGUGGGGCCUGGGGUGGUGAAGGUACGGUACAACGAGCGGGCGCGCCAGCUGCACGUGAAGUACACUCCACCCGCUGUUCCUGGGAACCCGCCUCCACGGCCCAUCACCAACAUCGCCAACUGGGACGAGACCAAUGGCUGGACGGUCAACGAGGAGAAGUGGAACGCGAACAUCCCUGGGGUAAACCACCAGGCGGUGCGCACGCAGGCAUCCGCACAGGAGUGA